AUGCUGACUCUCUCAGCAGCAGCACUAGCUGCAGCAGCACCAGCUGCUGCAGCAGCAGCAGCAGCAGCAGCAGCAGCAUCAGGGCUCAGUAGCAGAAGACACCAGCUGCUUCCUUCACAGCAGCAGCUGUAUCAUCAGCAGCAACAGCAGCAGCAGCAGCAGCAGCAGCAGCCUCAGCAGCAGCAGCAGCUGCAGCAGCAGCUGCAGCAGCAGCAGGAACCUCAGCAGCAGCAGCAGCAGCAGCAGGAACCGCCGCCGCCGCCGCCGCAGCAGCAGCAGCAGCCUCAACAGCAGCAGCAGCAACAACACAAUUACUAUUAA